AUGCCGUCGUCCCACCGUGACCAUGGCCAAGGGGCCGAGUAUCAGAACCAGCAGCAGCAUCAGCAGCACCACCACAGAAGAAGAUUAGUAAACACUCAUCAUAGUGGCAACACGCACCCUUUGAUCUGGUUAGCAGCAAUUCUCUGCACAAUCAUAGCCAUAGGUGUUGUAGUGGCAGGCAUAGUAGUUUUCGUGGGUUACAUGGUGAUCCACCCCAGAAUCCCUGUGAUCAGCGUCACCAACGCUCACCUUGACCUUCUCAGCAACGACUACGCGGGCCUCCUCCAAACCCAACUCACCAUCAUCGUGGUGGCCCAGAACGGGAACGCCAAGGCCCAUGCAACGUUCUCCGACAUAAGGUUCAACCUAAGCUACCAGGGUCAGGGAAUAGCAAUGAUGGUUGCUGAUCCCUUCGAUGUUGCCAAGAACAACUCCAAGACACUCAACUACGUUGUUCAGUCUGCUUCCAUUCCCUUAACACCUGAGCAGAUGGAGGAAGUGGAUGAGUCGUGGAAGCGUGACUUGAUUGGGUUUGUCUUGAAGGGAAGCGCGAGAACGAUGUGGAGAGUAGGACCCUUAGGUUCGGUUAAGUUCUGGUGCAAUUUGGAGUGUGAACUCAAGUUUCGCCCUUCCAAUGGGAGUUACAUUAAGCACUCACGCUGCACCUCUGAGUCUAAAUGA